AUGUCGGUCGAGAGGAUAUUUGACGAGCUGGGACAUUUCAAGAGGUUUCAGGCAUGCGUGUACUUUGCGGCCGUCUUCCAGGCCACGGCCUGCGGGAUCCACUACCUGGCUUCCGUCUUCCUGGUGGAGACGCCCGCCUUCGUCUGCGGCGCUCCCGCCAACGUCACGGACGUGUUGUUCGGCAACCUGACCGGGACCAGCGUGGAGGACUUUCUGCCCCUCUUCAGAGCAGAAACGGGCCCCCUGGUGGUCAGGACCCCCGGCGGGGAGCAGUGGGAGCUGAGCCGCUGCCGGCGGGCGCUGCGGAUUCGUCCCGGAGACUUCGCGUACGCCUUUGACGGAAAUAAAUCGGCGGAAGCGUGCGUCGGGGGCUUUGUUUACGAUCGCAGCGAAGUGUACCAGAGCAUCGUGACCGACUGGGACCUGGUGUGCGACCGAGCCUGGCUGGCGAAGCUGUGCCAGCCCACCUUCAUGUUGGGGGUGCUGGCGGGGGCGCUUGUGUUUGGGGACGUGGCUGACAGGGUUGGCAGAGUGAAGAUCCUCAUGUUCACCAGCCUCUGCCAAUUUGGGAUCGGCGUGUGUGUUGCCUUCUCCGCCAACUACUACUACUUCGUGGCCUUCCGCUUCCUCCUGGCCAUGGCAUCCAGCGGCUAUCUGGUGGUGGUUUUCGUGUACGUGACGGAGUUCACGGGCAUCGAGGUGCGCACGUGGACCUCCAUGCACGUGCACGCCGCCUUCGCCGUGGGCGUCAUGGUGGUGGCGCUGACCGGCUACCUGGUGCGCGUGUGGUGGAUCUACCAGAUCGUCCUGUCGCUGUGCACCUCGCCCUUCUUGCUCUUCUGCUGGAAGUUCCCCGAGACGCCCUUCUACCUCAUCGCCAAGGGCAAGCACGAGGAGGCGCAGGCCCUGCUGGACGCCAUGGCCCGCGUCAACGGUUCGGAGCGCCGCCCGAAGGUGGAGGAGCUGCUGGAGUCGGAGGAGCAGAACGGCGCGGAGCUGCCGGAGAAGGAGGAGCGCGAGGAGGCGGUCGGCAAGGCGCCGGAGAGGAAGCUGUCCAUCCUGGACUUGUUCGGCAGCUGGCGGAUGGCGGGGCGCACGUGCACCGUGUGGGCCAUCUGGUUCGUCGGCAGCCUGGGCUACUACGUCUUCUCGCUGGGCUCCGUCAACCUGGGGGGCAACCAGUACGUCAACCUCUUCCUGGUCGGUGCGGUGGAGCUUCCCUCUUAUCUGGUCGGCUGCUUCGCCAUGGACCGCAUCGGGCGCAAGAAGACGUGCGCCCCGGCCCUGCUGCUGGCGGGGGUCGCCUGCGCGCUCAUCAUAGUGGUCCCCGCCGACAUCGAGGCGCUGGCCAUCGCUCUGAGCAUGAUCGGAAAGUUCGCCGUCGCCAUCGCCUUCGGUCUCAUCUAUUUGUACACUUGCGAGCUUUACCCGACCAUCAUCAGGUCUCUGGCGGUGGGCAGCGGCAGCAUGAUGUGCCGCGUCGGCAGCGCGGUGGCGCCGUUCUGCGUGUACCUGGCCGACGUCUGGAUCUACCUGCCUCAGCUCAUCGUGGGCGUCCUGGCUUUCGUCAUCGGCAUCCUGACCCUGAUGCUGCCCGAGACGCUGGGCAGGCCGCUGACCUCCACCCUGGAGGAGGCCGAGGCUCUGGGACGAAGCCCCGCCGAGAAGAGGAAAAGUGCGGCGGACGGGCUGGAGAUGAGCCGGCGCGUGUGAGGGGGCAAAAAACAAAAAAAUCAUCUCAUACGCACGGAAAGCACACUUUCAGUGACACGUUUGUUGUUGACGUUUGGUGACCGAAAAUCACGGGACACGACAUUAGGUACGAGCUCGCGCAAUAGAAUUUGACUACAAAAACAAACAAACAUAAGCAGACCAUUUUCAUUUCAAUUUAGCUGGACGUCAUUGUAAUGGAAGAUGAAACUUCAAAUGAAAAUAAGACUGUUUCAUGGGUCAAAAUUGAACCAAGUGUGUGUUUACUGCUUUAUUGUUAGGGGCUGACGGUCGCAGCUGCAAGAAACCAACAGCAAUCCAAAAGAAAACCCAUAAAUACAGAUCAAAAGCAACAAUAAGCACAAGUGUAACUUCAUCGUACAUACGAUGUUCCUCACAUAUGCGCGCAAAUCCACGUUGACGUGGAUCAUUUCGGAACAAAUUUGCAGAUUUUGCGCUCGGGCCGAAGCCCGUCCUAAUUUAAAAGGAGUGCUUCGGUGCCGCCGAGAUGGAAGUUUCUGUCACGUGAGCCAAAGCCCUGUCCGAUAGAAAAGUAGUACUUUGCCACCGCCCUGUGGCUGUUAUAGGCAAUUGCAAGCACUUACCAGCAGAUUUUCACCGUUUGUGACAUCCAUCCUCAUUUUGUAGGAAAUUAAUACAAAUAUGAAGAAUUCAUAGAGAGCAGCAGCCUAUGACCCCUCCACCUCUGAAAGGCAGCUUCUAUGUUCACUCUUGUUUUUUUUUCUCAGGAUUUCUCCAAUUCCUUUUUAUUUUUUCUUAUUACUGUCAGGUCAUACCGAGUUCAAACAAAGACAGCAGAAGGAGCGGCACAAUGUCCAUUGAAUUGAAGCAAAAACUGUUGAAUUUCUCUACGUUCUAUUUCAUUAUGUCAUGACUGUAGGCUUUCAUAAAGUACAAUACGAGCGAGUGCUAUUUUCCUUAUUAAAAACAUUUCGGGUGUAACAGAUUAAUGGCAUUUCCCUUCAUUUCGACGGUUGAAGACGAUUUGAGGAUGUGGCGACGGAACCAAUUCAACGUGUAAGUCGAGGCAGCAGUGUGGCGUCUUGACUGCGAUUUGUCAAAUCCAGUUUGGGGCGCCGCUGUAUUUAGACCAUGUCGUGCUUUCCAUUGCGGACGUGUAAAACGUUUGGACCAAAGCACGGGAAUCGACCCGAGAGACGAUUAUUCACAUUUAACAUCAACUGUAUUGAGUUUUGCCUUGCGUGGCUGUUAAUAUUUGGAGACUUAUCACAUAAAUAUGACGGCCAACAUCACGAAGGGGGAUUUACAUUGAGGGUGACUGAAUUUUUAUUGUCACACAAUGAAUACAUGAAGGAUUGUUUUGAAUGAAUGUUUUACACUCAAGUCGGUUCUUGUCGGAGUCCCGCAGACCAAUGUAACGUUUAUGGGCCACUUCCGUGCACCGCUGGAGCCAAAAGUGGAAAAGCUGUGAAGCACGUGCACCACCGCGGGGACUCUUCUUCUUCUUCUUCAGCCACAUUUUGAACAAAACCCAUAAAUAUGAAGCAAAUAGGGAUUGGAAGACCUUUGUUGUCGUGCGACACGAAUAGAAUCAUCCGUCGAGUCGAAAGGAAGCCGGCGUGCAGCUCGUGUCGAGGGUGCAAAAGCGCAAGCCGGGAAAACCAAUUUGGGAUGCCGCGCCGGCACGAUUUCCGCUCGCGUGCAGGAUUCACAUUUCGAAAUGACAGACCUCGACCCGACUUCCGGCUAAACAAGUCCAAACAUUUGUGACAUUUGAGUAAAUACAAGAGCAUCAUUCUGCUUCUUGCUGUUUCCAGACGGCGCAAAAGCAUUUGCGGACGAUUCGAGCUCGCUAAUGUCGCUCAAAUACAAGAAAAAAAAAAACCCCAAAAAACAAUUACAACCAGAAGUAUGAGCAUAAAAUACAUUUGGAUUAUUACAAUUUGAAACCCUAACCCCAUUUUGAAACCCUAACCCCAUUUCGAAACACUUCUUUGAAACUUGAACCCCGUUUUAAAACCCUACUUUGAAACUGUAACCCCGUUUUGAAACCCCAUUUUGAAAUCCUACUUUGACAACCUAACCAUGUUUUAAAACCCUACUUUGAAACCCUAACCCCAUUUUGAAACCCUGACUGAGGUUUGAAACACUCCUUUGAAACUUUAACCCUGUUUUGAAACCCUACUUUGAAACCCUAAUCCCAUUUUAAAACCGUACUUUGAAACUCUAA